AAAUUCAACCUGGUCAAUGGCGUGACAAAGGUGAAAAAAUAUAUGGACCAGUUACUGAUAUUGUAUACUGGCCAAAGAAUAGGCAUUAUGAAUCUAUCAAAGAUAUUCCUGAUAGUACAGCACCCUCAAUUCAUGAUCCCAUUACAAGAUAUCAAAAUUCAUAUCUUAAUGGAGAAGGUGGAUCUGGUAAAACAACACAUGGAAUUCAAGUCUAUCAAAAUAAUAGUAUAGGAGAAUGGACACCUGAACGCAUGGGAGAGAAGAAAUUUCCACAAGUUGUUAUUUGGGAUAAGAUAAUCUGUUGCAGAGACGAUGCACAACCUCUACCAUUCUUUGGAGAAAUGCCACAUAAUUGGUUAAAAGAGCGUACCAAUUAUUACAAGGAAGUUUCAACUGAUUAUCGAGCAAAAUGCCCCAAGUUACGUGAACUCAAAAAAAGCAUGUGUCGCAAAAAUAAUCGAAUACAAUCAAAAUUAUUUCGAGAAAUUCUUCCAACUAUAGAAAAAUGGGAACAUGGACACAAACAAAACUGUCUUGUUGAAAUCCCUGGUUCAUUUGAUAAACAAGAAUUGGUAAAAAAUGAUAUAGUACAUUUACUUUUGAACACACUUCCUAAAAAAUUCUUAGCAGAUAUAUUAAUGGAGAAAAAAAUACUUGAUUGGGAUUUGGGGUAUGCUAUGACUGUACAUACUAGUCAAGGAAUAACGCUUGAAGCUCUGCAACGAGUUUGGAUUAUUGAUGAACAUUUGGCGUGGGAUAAUCUAAUAUAUCUUGCAGUAGAUCGUCCCCCAUUACCUCCUGAGAUUGAGAAAGCAAAAAAUAAGAAAGCAAUUGAACGAUCCUUAAGACCAUUUAUUUCUGGAAAACUCGUAGGAUAUAUGGAUCAAGAUAAGAAAAAAGACUGUGAAUUCAAUCUAUCUGACUGGGAUGAUGCAGGAGAUCUAGAUCAAUGGACAGCAGAUAGAAUCGAUAACAAACUGGGUCAUAUAAAAGGAAAUGUGCGUCUUACUUGUUUGGAAUAUAUGGUUAAACAAGAUAAUGAUUCAGUAAUAGAUUUUUAUAUGAAAAUAAAAGCUAGUACCAGUGAUAGUGAAAAACAGGUCAGAGAAAUAUUUAUUAAUAGAUUAUCUCCUGAGAAUUAUUUGGAAGCUGAAAAAUUUGAAUCAGGAAUUUUAUUAAAUGAACUAGUAGGAAGACUAUGGGUAUUAGAAUCAGAACGCAAGGCUAAAUAUAUUAAAUUAAAAGCAGAAGUAAUAAACAUAAUUAAAAAUACAUUUGAAAAUGGUGCUGAAGAUCUUAAAAAACUAAAAACUGAACAACCAGAAUUUUAUGACUUUUAUUUUAAGAUAUAG